GGGAGUAAUUGUUCCUUACUGUGCUGUGCGUGCGUGUUUGUGUGUGUGACGUGUGUUAUGGAGGAGAGAGAGAGGGAGGCGUAGUGUGGGUUAAUGGGUUGACGUUCCCAUGCUCACACAGUAGUCGCACCUUUCCAGCUAAGAACAAUGAAGCGCUCCACUCCCUUCUUUUCUUUGUGAGAAUUAAACAGCUUCGGGACCGUAUCCCGACUUUCACCUUCCGCCCUCAGUCGCUUAGUUUCCCUCCGACGCCAGCUGCCCGUUCGCCUCCAACCGCGCGACUCGUCGCGGGGUUCUAGUGGAUAUAUUUGUGAAGUAGAUGGUGUGAAAAUGGAAUACAACAGGAUUAUCACCUGACGUUAACCUAAAGGAGGGGAAGCAAUUGGACUGUAAGAUUACACGUUUCGUGAUCUCUGCUGCACUGUAAUAAUGCCUUUGAGGUUACAAUGUCUACGCUGAACCACGUUAUUCUGCAGGACAAAGCCCAGGACAAUGAGAAGAAACUGGACUGGAGUUACAUUGAAUGGGUUGAAAAUGAAGUUGUUGCGACAGGUGUGGCUAACGCCCAGACUCAAACGGACUUGAAGCCUCAUGAGCACAAGGGGAGCCAAACAAGCAACCCGGUCAUAAUGCACAUAGAUCUCAAACGGACGCACUCAAAGCUGAGACAUUUGUCUCUGGUGGACCCUGACAACUGUGUAGCACCUUUCUUCCAGUUUGACCGCCAAGCUCCCGGGCGCAUCUCCACAUCUCCUACCUUGAGGAGGAUGAGGAGCACCCGACGUCCUCUGGUAGAUUCCCGGGAUGCUGGCAGGAUGGGGAUUACAAAGGAGGAGCCAUCAUCUGCAAACUCAACUUCCCCUAUAAGCUCCUUGUCUCCUGUACACAGAGCUAAGUCUCCCCUUGCAGCGAACCCCCCAUCUGAUGGCGAGAUCUGUCACAACCAUCCAGCAGUUUCAUUUUUCUGUCAACAGAGAACGAGAUCAUAUAGAUCAGAGACUUUUCACAACGGUGUCACUUCCCCUUCCCAAGAAUGUCUCAGUGCUGAUCCUGCUCUUAUUAAAGAUUCUGGAUUUCCUGUUGAAGUGCAGGAUAAGGAACACUGCCAUAGUAGGCUUCAGGAGAGGAGGCGGAGCUCUGUGGUGGUCAGUUUACCUGGAUUGGAUGUUUCCCCAGGAGACCUGUUUGUCUCCAAUGGAGCAGCAGACAUGAUAAAUGGCUCAAACUUCUCUGAUACAAAGAAGUCAAAGUGGCCUUUUUCAAGGCGUAGUACGACUAAAGGGAAGUUGCAGAUUGGUACAGUGUCAGAUAUUGAAAAAUAUCUUUCAACAGUACAAGUUCAAGACUGGAGAAAUGCUGCAUUUCAAAAAUAUAAGGACUUCUCUUUGGCUGAGUUCCUGCAGGACCAGUCUUCCCAGGUGAGCAUUAACUCUGACCCUCAGAGCCACAAGAGACAAGAGGCCAUCUGGGAACUCUUCACCAGCGAGUGUGUUUACUUCCUGGAUCAGCUCAUGGUUCUCAAAGAGGUGUUUCUGGUGACGCUAACAAACCUGCAGCCUAGGAGUUGCCUCACUGAUGUUGACUCAUGGAGGCUGUUUGCAAACCUCAAUGAACUUUGCCUGGUGAGCUUUGGUUUCCUAAACAACCUUCUGCGUGUCAUUAAGGACACGUUGGAGAUUGCUGAGGGAGGCGGGUCCACCCUGCUGGAACUGCUGGGCAAGGCUUUCCAGGAGAGCAUAUGCCACUGCCUGCAGAAGUACUGCCUCAACUAUUCCACGGCUCUGCUUUAUCUGUACAACCUGAAGCCCAGAGAGGACUUUCGAGCGUAUUUAAAGUGGUGUGAGAGGAACGAACAAUGCAGACGACUACAACUACAUGACCUGUUGGUGGCGCCACUGCAGAGGCUAACCAGAUACCCCCUGUUGUUGCGAAACAUUGCAAAGAGAUGUGAGGAUGAGGAAUCCAGGCUUCUCCGGGUUAUAGCAGAGCAAGUGGACACAUCUAUCUGUGAUUUAGAGGGAAAAGUCAAAUGGCUGGAUAACUACCAGAAGGUGAAACAGUUGAGAGAUGCCCUGGUGUGGCAGCCAGUGUGGGAGAGAGACAAGCGUGCCUUCAUCCCAGAGACAUUGAAACAUCUCCUGAAAGCUGUCACUCUGGAGAAUCUCAUCUCUCACAGAAGUCUGCUGCAUGAAGGGAAGCUGGUGCUGACAGAGAACACUAAGCUGAUAGAUGUUUAUCUGUUCCUGUUUGACGAAUUCCUGCUGAUCACAAAGAUGAAAAGGAACAAAAAGAGGUCCAUUGGUCCUGAGCAGAACCCUCUGAGGUUGCAACAGAACCUGGAGCUGGAUCAGCUACUGAAGGAGGGAUGCACUUUCACAGUUCUUGACCAGCCUGUUUCUCUGGACCGACUCCAGCUUAAGAACAUUGAUCAGCUAAAUGCCUCCACAUCAGGGCUGCCUCAUUCUUUUAUAAUAAUGCACCACAACCGCUACCAGCAGUGCAUCGGUGCAUUCGUCCUGCAAGCUGCGUCAGAGUGUGCCAAGAGGGAGUGGAUGUCAAAGAUAGAGGGCGCAGCGGCGGCGCUGCUGAAGCUGGACUCUCAGCAGGCGCGAGUCAAGAGCUCCUCACUGUGGCUGGAGUCUUCACAGAUCUGACAGCACUGACAGCCAUCAGAAACCUCUACUUUCAAUGUGCACUUCACUGUCCCCUGAAAUCUUAUGACUGUUCCUGCACUAGGAUUAUUUUGUAAAUUAAAUGUGCCUUUUAAAGGCAGUUGCUGCAGUAGUGUACAAUAAAUCCGAUUAUGUAGUGAAA